UCGCGGGACGCGGAAGCUGGCCCUGGACCCGGGUGGGGAGUGGAUGGGUGGAGGCCAGGUCAUCAGGACCAAUAGUGUGGUUGGGCGCGUCCCCCAGUCUGUGUCUUUGGAGAGGAAUCAAGUCCCUUCCCAUCCUUUCCCGCCUCUCCACUCAGUGGCGGGAGCGGAUCCAAUUGGCUUUAGCAUGGAUGAGUGCUUCCAUAGAGGCCGUUCAUUGGCCAGAGGCAGUGUCAGUUCCCGAGAGCGCAAUUUUUCCUGCUAAAGCGACAAUUUCCUGCCUAGGCAGCGAGCGGGAAGCCAUCUUCGCAGCUCCUGGGAAUCCCGGUGUGGCGGUCACAGGCACGGUUGGGGCAGACUCUCCUCUUCUGUGAGUGAUUCUUCUGGUGCUAGGACAGACUCAUUUCAGGUGGGAGAGUAAAUCGAAUCCUUGUUUCUACAUCUUGGACAAUAGUGGAGGUCAGAUAUAUUCUCUUUGAACUCAUCAUGAAUUUCAUAAAGACUGAAGAGAACAAGUCAUUCAGUGAUAGCGAAAAUGACCAGGGUUCCAGACCUAAAUUUUCAGAGGAUGCUGUCAUGAAGCAGACAAGUUCCAACACCCCUGAAGGUCCUUCUCUACCUGACGUACCAGAGUGUAGGAGUACCUCUGAGCUUAGAAAUGAUGUCAGUAAACGUGAAACAGCUCCUAAAAUUUCAAACUUAAAUUUCACCAUCAAGAAACAAUGUCAUUUCACAUUUACUUUGAAUGAAAGCUCCAGGAAAUUAGACCUUUGUGUGCUUAAUGCAUAUGGCAAACCGAACGAGAGCAUCUUCUCAGCUCUGAAAGCUAAUGACACUUUCAAGAAAAGGAUGGAAAAUCAUUCUAAUAAGAACAUUAUUGUUUAUGGAGAAAAAGAAAUAGAUGGAUAUAUAAAUUUAGGAAUGCCUCUCAAGUGCCUGCCUAGAGAUUCUCAUUUUAGAGUAACAUUUGGUGAAAGAAACAGUAACCAGCAAGAAGGUGGACAGAUAUUACGUCAUUGUGAAGACCCGAACAUUGAAUGCAUUCUUUUUCACGUUGUUGCUGUUGGGAAGAGUAUAAAGAAGAUUCUUAAGGUCAAGGAACUUCAUGUAAAAGGAGGUACACUUUGUAUCUAUGCCUUGAAGGGUGAGACUAUCAAAGAAGCUCUGUGUAAAGAUGGCAGGUUUCGUUCUGACCUCAAUGAACUUGAAUGGAAGCUAAUGGAAGGUCAUAAGAACAUUCAUGAAAAAGAGUCCCCAGUGGAAGAAGUGUCUCGAAAAGUCUUAGAAAUGCACAUCUUUAGAGGAGGACCUGUGAAGGACAAUACUCGUGAAAAUCCUGGAUGGAAGAAAGACAACAGAGAAAAAAAAAUUCAAUCCCAAAGUCUAAGGCAUGAUAUUGAAGGAAAAAAUCAUGGAACACAGUCUAUUCUUUGUCAUCACAGUUCUGAUGAAGAAUAUGGGGAACUGAACUCACAAAGACCCGGUCUGUGUAGGCAGCACACUAUUAAUCAGGAUAUCCAGGAGGAUGCAACUAAUCUCUGGCUAAAGAACUUCCAAAAAUUGAACACUAUAAUGCAACGAUAUCCAAAUUUUAAUGAAGCUCCACUUUGGUUGGGAGAAUAUUUUAGGGAAGAACAGAAGCAGGGAAAAGUGACACCAUCUGAACAAUUCAAAGUAUAUGAAAAGAACUUUGGAAAAGAGACUGCAAAUUCUAACUCAGUUGCAACCUAUGAAUGUCUUAUUCCUCUUAGUAAGUCAGUUGGGUUCAUAACAUGGAACAAUAAUGGGAACACUGGCAAUGCUACUGGCUUUCACUUGAAGGGUGGUUAUAUUUUGACCUGUCUACAUGUCGUAUAUCACAUUGUGGGUGAAGACACACAUCCAAAUAAGUGGCCAGAUAUAAUUAGUAAUUGUGCAGAGUUAACUUUCACUUAUGAAAAGUUUUGCCCUACUCGGAGCGAUUGGUUUUCUUUUGAGCCAUGGUGUGAAGUGUAUGAUGGAACUCUAGAUUAUGUCAUUUUAAAACUAAAAGAAAAUGGAAAUGCAUUUCCUCCAGACCUAUAUAGGCAAAUUGACCCUCACCCAUCUAGUGGUUUGGUUUAUUUAAUUGGUCACCCAGAAGGCAAUAUCAAGAAAAUAGAUGAUUGUGCAGUGGUUCCUGUAAGUCAACGGCUCAGGAAGUAUCCAGUGUGUCAAGAUGGGCGGAUAGAAAGCAGUGUUGUCACUAAUAAUGCUUGCCCUAUGUUUACUAAAAGAAGUUUCCAGUCAGAGCUUUGGAGCACUGACAUACUUAGUUAUGACACUUGUUUCUCCAGCGGGUCCUCUGGCUCCCCGGUGUUUACUGAAUCUGGCAAGUUGGUUGCUGUGCAUGCCUUCGGGCAUUUUUAUGGACACGUGAAUAAGGCUUAUGCCCUUAUUGAAUUUGGUUAUUCUAUGUGUUCUAUCAUUUGUGACAUUCAACAGAAAAAUGAGAGCUUUUAUAAGUUUUUAGUUAGGAAGGAAAAUGAAAACCACAAUGAAGAAAAAAAUGAGAAACAAGGGUCAUUGUCUCAAGAUCAUCAGAUUGAACCCAUGGAAUGGGUGGGAUGCUUAUAAAGUGAAUCAACAAAUAUGGCAGAGAUGUACGGAUAAUGCUAAAAAUGUGGUAUUCUUAAAACGAAUACUAUUGGAAAUCCGUAUUAUAAUUAUUUACUUAUAAGCCUAUUCAAGUCCCCAUAGUACUAUUCAAGAGAAGGCUCUCCUUUCUUAAUUCCUAUCUAUUGAAUAACAGGGAAUCAGGUCCUCCUCUCAGCUUUUGACUCAUUCUUUCUGUACCAGAUCAUGUGGAUUGACAUUUCCUGUUUUAGGAUUUACUGAAACUAAGGCAAUCAUAUGACAGAAGUUGAGGUUUAACUUUAAUGGAUAUUGUCAUAAAGCUAUGGGCUUUAUGAAAAUCCUGGGAGCCCAGUACCCCUCGUGUACAAUCCCAGGGAUUAAGGAUUGCAAAUCACCCGAUGCUGCCGAAGCACCUGAAUCUCCACAGAAGAUUAUUCAUGGGUGCUCCUAACUGGGUGAAUCAGAUGCUCAACUUAUUUUCAAAAAAUAGUAUGCAAAUGAGGCCCAGUGCCAGUACUGAGUCCCUCGGACAUAUGCUACUGCUUGAGCUUGUCUGGCAUAUGACCUCUGCCUCCAUCGAUCUGAACCAAAAAUGUGUUUCACCAGAUAAGCCAGACAAAAGGUAGAUCCAAGUGGCUAUAAUAAAAUUCGUUCUUCACUUUAAUUUUAAUUAUAACGUAUCAUUGGGAUGUGUAGGAACCAGGCACAUAGGCCCUGGGAUUUUGCUACACCACCAAGCGCAUCAGAGUUUGGGAUCUAUAGCUUAAAUGUCCACCUCUGUGCUUGCGUCUCUCAAACCAUCUAUGUGCUACCACUGCACCUUGUUUAUUCCUGUAUUAUAACACAUGAGGUAAAACUUUCUGACUACUUGUCUUUCUCACCCACUAGAUUGUAAGUUCCUAAGUGGUGAGAAUGUUAAUUCAUCUUUCUAUCCCAGUGUCUAACACUAUACUUGGCACACACAUAAAAGUUCCUCUGAUACACAGAAAACCCUAAGGAAUCCUCCAGAAAACUACUGAAACUAAUAGAAGAGUUUGGCAGAGUCUCAGGUUAUAAAAUAAACAUACAAAAAUCACUUGGAUUCCUCUACAUCAACAAAAAGAACACCGAAGAGGAAAUAACCAAAUCAAUACCAUUCACAGUAGCCCCCAAGAAGAUAAGAUACUUAGGAAUAAAUCUUACCAAGGAUGUAAAAGACCUAUACAAAGAAAACUACAAAGCUCUACUACAAGAAAUUCAAAAGGACAUACUUAAGUGGAAAAACAUACCCUGCUCAUGGAUAGGAAGACUUAACAUAGUAAAAAUGUCUAUUCUACCAAAAGCCAUCUAUACAUUUAACGCACUUCCGAUCCAAAUUCCAAUCUCAUAUUUUAAGGGGAUAGAGAAACAAAUCACCAAUUUCAUAUGGAAGGGAAAGAAGCCCCGGAUAAGCAAAGCACUACUGAAAAAGAAGAAAGUGGGAGGCCUCACCUUACCCGACUUCAGAACCUAUUAUACAGCCACAGUAGUCAAAACAGCCUGGUACUGGUACAACAACAGACACAUAGACCAAUGGAACAGAAUUGAGAACCCAGACAUAGAUCCAUCCACGUAUGAGCAGCUGAUAUUUGACAAAGGACCAGUGUCAAUUAACUGGGGAAAAGAUAGCCUUUUUAACAAAUGGUGCUGGCAUAACUGGAUAUCCAUUUGCAAAAAAAUGAAACAGGACCCAUACCUCACACCAUGCACAAAAACUAACUCCAAGUGGAUCAAAGACCUAAACAUAAAGACUAAAACGAUAAAGAUCAUGGAAGAAAAAAUUGGGACAACCCUAGGAGCCCUAAUACAAGGUAUAAACAGAUACAAAACAUCACCAAAAAUGAUGAAGAGAAACCAGAUAACUGGGAGCUCCUAAAAAUCAAACACCUAUGCUCAUCUAAAGACUUCUCCAAAAGAGUAAAAAGACCACCUACAGACUGGGAAAGAAUUUUCAGCUAUGACAUCUCCGACCAGCGCCUGAUCUCUAAAAUCUACAUGAUUCUGUCAAAACUCAACCACAAAAAGACAAACAACCCAAUCAAGAAGUGGGCAAAGGAUAUGAACACACAUUUCACUAAAGAAGAUAUUCAGGCAGCCAACAGAUACAUGAGAAAAUGCUCUCGAUCAUUAGCCAUUAGAGAAAUGCAAAUUAAAACUACAAUGAGAUUCCAUCUCACACCAGCAAGGCUGGCAUUAAUCCAAAAAACACAAAAUAAUAAAUGUUGGAGGGGCUGCGGAGAGAUUGGGACUCUCAUACACUGCUGGUGGGAAUGUAAAAUGGUACAACCACUUUGGAAAUCUAUCUGGCGUUAUCUUAAACAGUUAGAAAUAGAACUACCAUACAACCCAGAAAUCCCACUCCUAGGAAUAUACCCUAGAGAUACAAGAGCCUUCAUACAAACAGAUAUAUGCCCACCCAUGUUUAUUGCAGCUCUGUUUACAAUAGCAAAAAGCUGGAAGCAACCAAGGUGUCCAUCAACGGAUGAAUGGGUAAAUAAAUUGUGGUAUAUUCACACAAUGGAAUACUACGCAUCGAUAAAGAACAGUGAUGAAUCUCUGAAACAUUUCAUAACAUGGAGGAACCUGGAAGGCAUUAUGCUGAGCGAAAUUAGUCAGAGGCAAAAGGACAAAUAUUGUAUAAGACCACUAUUAUAAGAUCUUGAGUAAUAGUAAACCUGAGAAGAACACAUACUUU